CCACCCCCACUGCUCCCACUCCCACGAUUCCUCGUGCCCACCAACCCAUCUCCUCCCACCUUCUUCCCCUUCCACACCGCAGCACCUCCCUCCCUCCACCGCACCACCUCCUUCCUCCGUCGCCGCACCACCUCCCUCCACGCGCUGCCGAGGGGCCCAAGCCACCGAGCUUCCACAACCUGCUCCGGCUUCCUCCCAGAGCCACCGGCCCACCCCUCCACCUCCUUCCUUUGAACUAGAGCAUACAAGCGCCCCUCCCGGUGAUGCGCGGCCGUGCAGAUCCCGUGCCCGCCGACGAGCCUCUGAACCCGCGCCGCCCGGCGUCGGGCCCUGGCUACCAACCCCUGCAACUCUGCACCCACCUCCAUCUCAGCCCCCACCUCCCUCGCUGCCUCGGCCCCGCCCCUCUGUGGCCUAUGAACCGCACGCUCCUCCCCUCCCUGCUCGCCCCCGGCGCCCUCAUGGCCUUCCCUUCCUCCCGUCUCUCCCAUUCCUCAGCGCAGAUUCAACCGCCGGAGAUGGGGCGCGCGACGGCGGCCGGAUCCACACACACCCGCCCCGGCGACCUCCUCCGCGGGACCGACCUCAUCCCCCGGGCUCCUCCCACCGGCAUCCACCGCAGCACCGACCUCCUCCGCGUCCCCCUGCUGCAGUUCACUUGAGACUAAAUCAGCCCCUCCUCCACUUGCAGCCCAGACGCCCCGGACUUGCAGUGCGCGGGGCACGCGAUGCGGUUCAGCGCGCCUGGCUGUGCACUUGAUGGCUCCGACGACAUUGUGCAGUACGGAAGGGCGUCGCGUGGAGUUUUGGCUAUGCUUCGCUGUGCAGAUGGGAACGCAAAUUUGGGGCGCUUCUGCAGUUUGGGCUGUGCUCCGAUGUGCAGAUGGAACGAGCAGAGGAGAAGCCACGCGUGCUAGAUGUUGAUGGUGGUGGUGGGAACUCGCGUGGAUCUCAUCGGAGAACGGCGGCCACACGUGCACGGCGGCGGUGAGCAAAGGAAGAGGACUGGAGGCAGGGAGGAAGAAGGUCCUCUCGCGGGUCUACAGCCAACGUCCAUCCUGGCGAGGAUCCCCUCUCCUCCCACCAGCAUGCGGCCCGUCGCCACGGGCUUCCCCGUGCAUCCCUCGCGGCAGUCCUCCUCUCUUCUCGCCUUUACUGCGAGCAGUGCAGUGCAGUCCUCGGCGUCGGAAGAACGGCGGCCUACUCCGGCGGCAUGGGAUGCAAUACUUGGGCACGCGAUGUGCGGUCCGCAGUGUGAGCCAUGCGGUUCGUCGGACGUUUGUGUGUGGCUCGCACUAACCAGCAAGGUGAUGAAGACUACCCUGGGUCAACGCUAUUCUGCCUCCUCUGUUGCGUGCAGUUUGCUGCCUGCUGCACCGUCGGAGAUUGCCUCGCAGUCCAUAUUUCAAGCCUGUGCAGCUUACAGACUACCUAUGUGCGGUGGUACAAAGGCCAGCGAGAAAAGCUCCAACGAUGGACAUAAAUGCAAUGGCCAGAGCCACCUCGUAGUGACUUGAAUCAAUUUAGAAAACAAGCUGCGGUCAUCUGUUUUGUCUUCUUUUAAAAAAUCUAAGUGCACUGUAGUCAUUGUCUUGAGGUUCAGUUGAAAAGAAACUGUAACACAUCAGCAUGCGGUUUGGUGUUUUUUCUGCAGUUCACUACUCUCAUUCGUGUCA